AAGAGGGCCUGUCUUUAUGGAAAUAAAUGAGGAAGGGGAUGUCAAGGAGAUGCCCAUAGAGGAGGAUGCUGUUCCACUGAAUCAAGAGGAACUGCCUGAAACUGUUAGGCCAAGAAAAAGGACACCCAGAUCCUCCAAAAAGUCCAAAGCUCGUCGUGUUCCAUCUGAACAGGAACAUGUUCAAGAUCAUGGGGGUGCCUGGAACACAAAGGAUGAUCAGAUAUUGGAGCUAAAGGCAACAGUUGCUCGUCUGGUGGAACUACAGGAGGGAACAGAUCACAGGAUUAGCUCAAUGCAGGCCCACAUAGGUGCAUUGGUUACAAGUGUCAAGACUCUCCAAAACGAUCUUCACCACUACUCAGAACAAGCCAAUGCAACUCGUGCCACAAUCCUCACCAAGAUCAACAAUCUGGAAUCUUUUGAGGAGACUGUGAUAGAAGAAACUGCUGGUUCUGGUUCCCCAUCCCAAGCCUAAAUCACCCUAUCCCAUGUUUCUUUUAUCUUUUGCCAUGGAACAAUCUUUUUAAUUUGCUUUCGGUUUGUAUAAUUUUUAAACUUGGGUAUUUGUUCCAUCUUAUUUUGACUUGCUGGGUUACACAUAUCUAUGCUUUCUAGUCUUGAUCAUUACUGCUUGCUUUCACUUUAUUGUAUGAGUUAGUUUAAUACUUUGAGGCUAGCUUAACUUGCCAAACGUUGAUCGUGGGGCACUGUGUUUGGAAUGGCUAUAUUUCGUGCUAUGCUUUUUGUUGAUGUCAACAGGGGGAAGUCAUGGGUGCAAACUUCCAAGGCACACUCAAUCCAGUUCCUGAAUCAAUCUCUCUGAAUCUCUCUGUAAGCCAAGGGCAUAUGCCCAAGUUUCUAUUAGGAUAGGAACUUGAAUAAACUGGUGAAGUUCCUGAGGUACACUUGGAACAGUCAAUGGAGUUUCAGAGCUGGAAGUUGUAUCUGUUCCAGUUUGAAGUCACAAAAGGAGCAACACAGUUACAUAUCAAGAGUUCCGAAUAUCCACAAGAACUAUUACAGACUCAUAGCCAAGAGUUCCUGUGUUAGCUAGAGAGGAACUCAUCAAUGUUCCUUGGCUGGAACGUCUGAAGCUUCUGAGUUGCAAGUUCCAGACAAAGGGAAGACAUGAAGUCUAGGUAGUCCACUGUACUUAGAAUUUUAUGUAAAUAUUAAUUAUGCUAAUGGUAUAUAGAGUACUCAAGGAACUUAUGAUUUAAUUAGGCCAUUUAUUUUAUUGGAAGCGAUUUUUAUGGAAAACAUUUUCAUAAAU